AUGUGGAUGUCCAAUAACUCAUAUCGCUUUCCAAUUUUGAAUUCGGCGAUGAGAGAUGCUCCUUGCAAGGCCUACGCAUAUGGCGUAUUGUUAUUUAUAUUCUCUUAUAUCAGCUGUCUUGUUUUCUACCGACUUGUCCUGAGUCCCCUGGCAAGGUUUCCAGGGCCUCGUCUUGCGGCUGCAACUCGACUCUAUGAGACAUAUUUUCAGAUUCUCAAAGGCGGAACAUUCAGCUGGCAUAUCGAGACUUUGCAUCAGCACUACGGGCCUGUGGUGAGAAUUACACCAUGGGAGAUCCAUAUCAAAGAUCCUGAUUACUACAAUACUGUCUAUGCGGGUCCCACAAGGCAUCGAACGAAAGACCCCUGGUUCAGUUUCAUAUCGUUCCCUGGGUCGAUCUUUUCCACCAGCGGAUUCGAGUUCCAUAAGGCCCGUAGAAAGGUCUUAGGGCAGUUUUUCAAAAGGAGCGCGGUCCUGGAACUCGAGCCAGUAAUCAGUGCUAAGAUUGGAAGUUUGUGCAAACACUUCUCUGCUGCCGUCACAAAUAAUCGGCCUCUAGAACUCCAUGCCGCCUUUCACUGUUUUACGAGUGAUCUUCUCUCCCAACACGCGUUUGGGCGAGGCAUGGGAUCCCAUUAUCUGGAGGAAUCUCAAUUGUCAGAUACCUGGAAACUCGGAGUAACAGCGAUGUUUGAUCUCACUCGCUUGACAAGGCACUUUCCCGUGUCGUCGUAUCUGGCACAUGCCUUUCCCGUGCCAACAUCUUGGGUUGUUCCCCCUUUCCGAUUUGUCUAUGAACUAGAGCAGGAUGUGAGGCGCCGAGUCAGCGCCGUAGUGACUCAUCAGCGACAGAGAGAAGCUGGGGGAGAAUACAAGAAUGACUCUUUGGAAAAAGCUAUCUAUCCCACAAUUCUGGCUGAUCCGGAAGUGCCCGAAAGUGAAAAGGACUUGUUACGAUUACAAGAUGAUGCAAUAUUCCUUAUGGUGGCUGGCACUGAUCUUCCCGCGCAAGCACUUGCUAUUACCAUGUUUCAUAUACUGAACAAUACCAAAGUGUACCAGAAGCUCAAGGAAGAGCUUUUCUCGGGUAUUCCAGAUAUUAACACUACACCCACACUGGACGAGUUGGAGCGAUUACCAUAUCUGAGCGCAGUCGUCAGAGAAUGUCUACGACUUUCUGCCAUCGUCACAACACGACUGCCCCGCUCGGCCCCGGAUGAAAUUCUCCAAUAUCAGCAGUGGCAGAUUCCAGCUGGAACGAUCGUUAGUAUGUCCACUUACUUCAUCCUGAGGGAUCCGGAAAUUUUCCCAGAGCCCUACGCCUUUGAACCAGAACGAUGGUUAUUGCCCCGGGAGCGGUUGCGAGGACUGGAGAAAUAUCUUGUUCCAGGGUCUAAAGGAACGAUGGGAUGUUUGGGUCAGAACAUGGCUUGGGCAUGGAUACACCUCGUUUUAGGGUCUCUAUUCCGUCGCUUUGAGUUUGCUUUGCAUGAAACAACUGAGAGGAAUGUUGAAAUUACUCGUGACAACUUCAAUGGACAGACUGAUCGGGGUCUGAAUGUCAUCCAAGUGAAGGUGUUGGAAGAAUACUGUCGUUGA